GCUCACCCCAGUCUCCUCUCCCCACCUUCCCCAGUGGCAGAGCCACACAGAGAUGAGAGGAGCAGUAAUGAGUUCAACAGCAGCAGCAGGUGGAUUUGUUGUCUUCCUUCUUUCUAUGCCAGUGAUACAGGGUCAGGAUGGCUGGGGAGUGACUUACAGCUCUACUGAGAUCUGUGCCUUCAAAGGAUCAACAGUGGAAAUAAGAUGCACCUACAGAUACCCGUCAACAGAAAAUGCAGUUAGAGUUGAAGAAGUGAUCUGGUUUACUGAAGGAAGUUCUCAUAGACCCUUUGAUCUGAGAAGGGAAUUAAGUUAUGCAGGUCGUGUGCAGCAUAUCUGCAGUAACAACAACUGCAGUCUGAGAAUCACAGACCUGAGAGAGAGCGACUCAGCUGAGUACAAGUUCAAGUUCAUAACAAACCAGACAGGUCGGAGUUAUACUGGUUCACCUGGAGUCACUUUGAGGGUCACAGAUCUACAGGUGCAGGUGCACGACGUCCAACAGGGUUUUAGCAGGACUAUACUGAAGUGUCAAAGUAGCUGUCUGCCUGACGUUUCUUCUUACAUCUGGUACAAGAGUGGACAGAAAAUUCAGGAAGGAAAAUCUUCAUAUUCAAGCCACAUUUAUCCCACAGACAGCUACUCUUGUGCGCUUAAAGGCCGCGAGGACUUUCCUUCUCCUCCAGUGUGUGUCCACAGGCAAACCUGCAACAGAGUGAUUCACACUGACAGAAGCAUCUGUGCCUUCAAAGGAUCAUCAGUGGACAUUUCUUGCACUUACAGCAGUUACAACACCAUCAGGUCUAAAUUCUGGUUCAGUCCUGAACGUUCUCAUCAGUGGCAGAGUCCUUCACAGCCUGAGGACCUUAGUGAAGACGCCCAGUUCGCAGGUCGUGUUCAGGUCCUUGAAUCAGAGAGAGGACGCUCCACUCUGAGAAUCACUGACCUGACAGAGAGUGAUUCAGCUCAGUAUCACUUUAAAUUCAAUACCAAAGACUUUGAGUGGAGGAGUAUUUUACCUGGUACAACUCUGACUGUCACAGCUCUGCAGGUGCAGGUGACCAGAAUAACAGUCCACCAGUCUGAUACUGAGGCAGAGCUGAAGUGUCACAGCAGCUGCAGUCCAGCUGCUCGUCUUUCCUACGUCUGGUUCAAGAACGGACAGAAAGUCAUAAAGGAGGAAAGUUCUGUAUAUAAAGACAGAUUUGAUCCUGGAGACAGCGUCUCCUGUGCUUUGAAGGGACACGAGGCGUACACCUCCCCCUUAGUGUAUGCUCUGAGGGUUCCCUCUGUUUUGGUGAAUCCCCUGGGUGAUAUCAUGGAGGGCAGUUCAGUGACUCUGACCUGUAGCAGUGAUGCUAACCCAGCAGCUAAUUACACCUGGUACAAGGAGAAUGGAGAUCCAGACCUUCAACCUCUCAGUAAAGAUCCAGAGCUUGUCUUCAGCUCCAUCCAGUCCUCUGACUCUGGAGAGUAUUACUGUACAGCUGAGAACCAGCUGGGGAGGAGGACGUCUGAAUACAUCUAUAUUAAUGUGACAUAUGGUCCAAGACUUCCCUCUGUGUCAGUGAGUCCCUCUGCUGAGAUAGUGGAGGGCAGUUCAGUGACUCUGACCUGUAGCAGUGAUGCUAACCCAGCAGCUAAUUACACCUGGUACAAGGAGAAUGAAGACUCACCAAAAGCAUCAGGACAGAUCUUCACCAUCACUGACUUCAGAGCUGAACACAGUGGGAAUUAUUCCUGUGAAGUCCAGAACAGAAGAGGAAGAAACAAAACCAGCGUACAUCUGACUGUGGCAGGAACAUGGAAGUCAACAGCUGCUGGAGCAACGGCAGCUCUCAUCCUGGCUGUCAUACUCCUGUCUGUCUUCCUAUGGAUCGGAAAAAAGAAGGCGUCUAAACAAUCAUCUGAGCCCGGAGAGAGAGCAGACACCAGGGAACAGUCUCUACCUACUCACCGUCAGGAUGACCUUCACUACGCCAGCAUCCAGUUUACCAGGAAGCCAACAAAUUCUCUCUACUCCAGCAUCCAUCCAGCUCCGCGCGACAGACACGAGGAAGAAGAAGACGCGAGUGUUGAGUACGCUGCUGUCAGAUUUUAUCGUGGUGGAAACUACCCAAGGUGAGCAGCAACAGGGACAUUUUUGAACUACCGCCUAGUGGUUAUAUGCUAAGCAAUGUUGGCAAUGCUUUGAAGAAAGUAGAGCUCCUAAGAAGCGACAACCUCACAAUAUGUAAGGUUGCAGCAACCUUCCCACCUCCAAAAUCAUUUCACACUCGAGUCCAAGUGUAGGUUUGAACAAAAAAACAAACAAAACACCUCAGUGCUUCCUGUAAUAUUGUCCUGACAAGAUUUGAGGUCACACUGACCUUUGACCUCCAAAAUGUAAUCAGUUCAUCCUUGAGUCAGAUUGGACAGUUUAAAGAAAAGUGUUUUUGAGAUAUCGCAUUUACAAGAAGAGCCCUGACGGACGGACAACCCAAAAAUAUAGCGUGCUAUCGUCGGCGUAGAGGCGUAACUAACCAAACAUUGGUUCUCACCUUUUUUUUUUUUUACUGGCCACCAUCAGCAUAAGAGAGAUGCCACAAAAUCUCACAUACUUGUCUUAUAAUAAUAACACUUUUAUUCUCAUAAUUUCAUAAAUGUUGCAUUGUAACUCUUUGGCCGUGUGCAUGCUUUCAAC